GCAGCGGGGCUUCCGGUCCUCCGAGCGACGGGGCGGAAGUGAGUGAGACGCAGUCUCUGUCGUCGAUGUUAGUCGCUGCCUUCGCUGCUAACGUUCUGUUAUGAAUUGCUAAAAAAAAAUCAUGGUGAAAUGUUGCUCGGCCAUUGGAUGUGCUUCUCGCUGUUUGCCAAACUCCAAGUUGAAAGGACUGACAUUUCAUGUAUUCCCCACAGAUGAAAAUACCAAAAGAAAAUGGGUAUUAGCAAUGAAAAGACUUGAUGUGAAUGCUGCAGGCAUUUGGGAGCCUAAAAAAGGAGAUGUAUUAUGUUCAAGGCACUUUAAGAAGACAGAUUUUGACAGAACUGCUCCAAAUAUUAAGCUAAAACCUGGAGUUAUACCUUCUAUAUUUGAUGUCCCAUCUCACGUAAAGGGGAAAAGAGAAAAUCUUCAUUGUAAAAAUUUCACCCUCAGAACCCUCCCAGUCACAAACCACAAUCAUCAACUAGUUGGUUCUUCCUCAUGUAUUGAAGAAUUUCAAUCCCACUUCAUUUUUGAACAUAGCUACAGUGUAAUGGACAGUCCAAAGAAACUUAAGCAUAAAUUAGAUCAUGUGAUCAGCGAGCUAGAGGAUACCAAGAGAAGUCUGCGGAACGUUUUAGACCGAGAAAAACGUUUCCAAAAGUCAUUGAGGAGAACAAUCAGGGAAUUAAAGGAUGAAUGUCUCAUCAGCCAAGAAACAGCAAACAGACUGGAAGCUUUCUGUUGGGAGUGUUGUCAAGAAAGCAUAGAACAAGAAUAUAGUACAUGAAAGAAUUUUACCUCCUAAACUCAACAUUGGUACAGCUCAUUUGCCAUCAUUAAAUUAUACCCAUCAUUUAGAAUACUUCUUAGGCUGCUCACAGCAUUGUGUAUUAUAGUUGUUGUCCAAACACUUUUUUGAAGACAUGAAGAAAUUUAUAAUAAUUA